AUGGCAGAAACUUAUUGGAUCGAACGUGUUCAGGAGCGAAAUUUCACAAAUGAAAUACGGGCAUUGAAGAACAACGAAGAAUUAGGUUCAAAAUCAAAACUGAAAUCCCUCAGUCCAUUUGUAGACGAAAGUGGUGUAAUUCGUGUUGGUGGACAAAUAGAAAAUUCAAAUUUGGAUUACAAACAAGCACAUCCAAUCGUGUUACCCGACAAAGAUCAUUUGACUGAUCUAAUUAUUCUUCACAGUCAUCAGGUGGUAGGGCACGGAGGAAUAGCAGAUACUUUAAAUCAGAUAAGAGAUAAAUUUUGGUUGCUGAAGGCUCGUCGAAAAAUUAAAAGUGUUCUGUACAAUUGCAAUGUCUGCAAGAUAUUUCGAACUAAACCUGUCAUGCAAGAUAUGGCACCUCUCCCACCAGACAGAUGCCGAGAAGCCUUUCCGUUUGAAAACUCCAGGAUAGAUUACGCGGGUCCACUGUACGUGAAAAGUGGAAAAGAAUUAUCUAAGACAUACGUUUUACUGUUUACCUAUGCGGUAACUAGAGCCGUGCAUUUAGAACUUACGGCUGACCUUUCCACAGAAAAAUUUUUGCUUGCAUUUAGACGGUUCAUAGCGAGAAGAGGUUUCUGCCGAAUAGUGUACACCGAUAACGCCAAAACCUUUAAAAAAGCGAAAAAAGAAUUAGAGAUAUUGAACGAGGUGAUGAAAAGCAAUAAAGUUCAAGACGAGUUCUCUAAACAGGGAGUCAAAUGGAAAUUUAUAGUUGAGAGGGCGGCAUGA